CCAUCCUCUCUAGACCUGCCCAGACGCCUGUGAACGUUGUAAACCCCAGUUCUGGAGCCCCACUAACCACUUCCGCCGAGGCGGCUCCCGACACCCGCACUGAGGCCGCCGGCGCGUCUAGCCCAGCUGCCGCCUGGACGCUUCCCCGCCUGCCAGCAGCAACAGCGUGCGCAAUUUCUGUAACUGUCAGAGAUUACAAAUAUAUGAAUAAACUACAUGAAGAAAAAGGCAACCAAGUGAAAUGCUAUCCAGAAUAUUUUCUAACUGAGUGAUUUAGAGUUGUGUCUAAGUAAAACCAGAUUUUUUUGAGCCACAACCAAAGAGAAAGGUCUGUGUCAGCUGUUCCAGUGCUACUCAGGUGGCAGCAGUGGCACUGUGAAGAUGGCAAGAUGGCAGUGACAGAUGGCGAGGGCUGGAGUCGUUGCAACCAGCAGAUUAAUCAGCCUGAAGAAGAAUCCUCACACAAAGGGACAACCAUAACGAUGAAACCACUGUCUUUCAUCUUGGGCCUUUCUGCUCUUGUAGCAUGUUUCACACCUGGUGAAAGUCAGUUUGGCCCUAGGGGACCAUACCCACCUGGACGACUGCCGCCUCCUCCACUGCCAUAUCCUUUUGGCCCAGGACUCGUCGCACCUCCUCCUCCUCCGUAUGGUCCAGGGAGAAUUCCUCCUCCUCGUCCCCCUCUGUAUGGCCCAGGGAUAGCUCCUCCCCCUCCUCCUUUCCCUUAGGCCUCAUCCACCUGCACCUCUGGCUUCCCCUGUGUGCCCUGCAGUCCACCCGCCUCCCAUCCUUCUUCAUCCCAAAUACAAACAACCACAACAACGGUGCCAUGCCCACCGCAGGAGACACCACUGCCACUGUAACUACCGCCUACUCCUCCAAAUACAAAUGCCAACACUGCUCCUCAGAGUCUUUUGGAUAAAUCCUUUCCUAUUUUUGGAUGAUAAUGAGAUACUCUAAAAUCUCUGAGCUUUGGGAAGAAACAAUCUGAGAAAGAAAUUGUGACACAACCCCCACAAACAUGUGACCAAUGAGAUGAAAAUAAAGAAUUGAGCAACAAUAUGAAGUUUCCACUGUGGUCAUCAGAGCCCCAGUUGGCCCCCAGUUAAGUCACCCACAUGAACAUUAGUGCUGCCAGAACUCUGACCUUGCCCCACGAGGCCAAAGAGGUAAUUAGGGGGAAAUGCAAUGGGCCACCUGACCCUGCAGCGUAGACUAUGAAACUGGAAGAGUAGGCAACAAGAUCCCUCUUGAGUACUGCAGCCAUCAUACAAUUACAAAGCCCAAUAUCUGUAACAUGCUAAUAGAUACUAAAACUAAAAGAUCUUAGCCCACACCACAGCAUGCCGCCUAAAAAUUCCUGAGUACCACCUGAUCAUUACUUAUAAAUAGAAUUUAACACAGGCUGCCAGGUUCAAGAGGAGAAACACCUUUCCAUAUAAUCUAAACAUCUACCCGAGAUAUGG